AUGGUUCUCCUGUACCUUCAUCUGAUGGUCAAUGAUGACAGUUAUAAUGGUUCUCCUGUACCUUCAUCUGAUGUUAUAAUGGUUCUCCUGUACCUUCAUCUGAUGUUAUUUACCACGAUCUCCCAAGCAGGUGAAUGUCCUUCUCCUUGCACAUGUCAAACCGAAAAUACUGAAGUGUAUUGUAAUGGGAUAGGAAUUACCGAAAUUCCAAAGAAUUUACCAAUAACGACAGUUUCUUUAUAUCUCGGAUCGAAUCAGAUAAAAGUAGUACCAACAGAUUCAUUUAGCGGAUUGAUUCAUCUUCAGUCGCUUGAUCUUACAGAUAACCAGUUUAAAGAAGGAAGUAUACAAGACGGUGCACUUGAUUUACCUAGCAUUGCCAAUUUGGAUUUAUCGAUAAAUAAAUUCACUUCAAUUCCACAAAUACUACCUCCUAAACUAAUUGGAUUUGCGAUAGCUUAUAACCCAAUUCAAACAUUGACAGCCUCAAGUUUUGUUAAAUACCCUUCUAUUCAGUAUUUAACUGUAAGUAAUACAAAUCUUAGCAAGAUUGAAGAACACGCAUUCGACCCAUUGACCGGUGCUAUUAACAUAGCCAUAAGCUUCAACCAGUUGGAGGACGGAAGCAUACCUCUAACAGCCUUUUUUAAAAAUCAGAAUCUGACGUAUUUAUCUUUGAGAUACAACAAUCUUAAAACAUUUCCAAACAUGACAUAUUUUCCUGCAACUUUGCAAAAUUUUGAUUUCGUUGGAAAUCCCAUAACUGUCAUACCAUCAUAUGGUUUCCGACAUCUACCGAACAUCCAGGUUAUUGAGAUUCGGGAUAGUCCCCUUUCUACUCUUGCUGAUUACGCAUUCUUUGGAUUAACAAAAGUAACAAUUGUAAAUUUCAUGGACAAUCAAAUUUCAUCACCGAUUACCAAUCAUACAUUAGAUGGACUAACAGCAUUAAAAACAAUAUACCUUACCGACAAUAAGAUAAGUAAAAUAGAGACAGGAGCAUUUCAUUCCUUGACAAGCAUACAAGAUGUAUGGUUGAGUGAUAACAAGCUUAGUACCCUCGACCCUGGAGUCCUCGAUACCAAAUUUAUGCCACGUUUGUCUUCAGUUUUUAUGGAUUUUAAUCCAUGGAUUUGUGACUGUCACCUGAAAUGGCUGAGGGAAAAAAUGGACAAUGCAACAUACACUAUAAUGUAUCCACAUAUUAUUGUUUGUAGUGGACCAUCCAAAGUUGCCGGAAAAGCAUGGGAUGUCUUGAAACCCGAGGACUUUGUAUGCGAAAAUUAAUUUCAGUUUAAUUACAGAUGCUUUAAUGACAAGUUCUUUGGAGAGUAAAAAUAAAACCAAUUAUAGCUUA